ACUGUGUGCUGUCUGUGUUGCAUGAAGGUUGAGGCCUCUGGGGCCAGAGAGAGUCCUGCAGGAGCUGCCUCCGAUGCACCGAGACCAGGAGGAGCUGCAGGAAACAGUGCAGAGCAGAGUGACAGCAGGAAUGGAAAAUCGAAAGGAUUCAGAGACUCGAAGGCCUCGAAUGAUAAAACUGGAUCUUUUCAUUUCGAUGAAGAUGUUGAAUAUGACGACGACUUCAACAGGAGCGAGCUGAGCAUCGGCGAGGAGAUCGAGGAAGUUUCCAUCGAGGGACCCGACAGCAGCGACAAGCUCGAUGAGACUCAGGACCUGAGUGUGUCUCAGCUCAGUCACUCCGCUGAUUACAUGGAGGAGGUGGCCUGACACUCCCAUCAUGCAUCACUCUUCCACCAGGCACCUGUUUUUGUCAUCAACAUUUAAGUGUGUACAGUUUGACUUGACAAAUAAAUUGAUUUGUAUGGAA